AUGGCUUUCGAUGUGCCGACCAGUUUUUAUGCGCGCUCCGAGUGGGCUGAUGUUCCGCCUCCUAGUGACGAUUCUCCGCAAGGCCCAGGGCAUGGCGGAGAUGCGAAUGUUCCCGGCAAUGUACCAAACCCCCAACCUCGUGGUGAUCGUUCGCAGGCGGCUGAUGUUCAGCCGGAUGGGGCCUCUUGGGGGCCUUGGAGGGACCAUGAUUGGUUCGACAGUCAAUGGAACCGCUCGUGGGGGGCAGCUGAUUGGAAGUGGGGUCGUGGUGGCUGGAGUUCGGGCUACUACGAUGGCUAUGAUGAGCAGAAGAAGGAUGGAGGACAAGGAUCCGCCUCUACCGGAUCAGUUGGUUCCAUGGAUGGCGGUUUUCAGGAAAGGGACUCCAAAGGGUCGCACUCAGAUCAGUGGGCGAGACGCGACUCGUGCGGCGAUUCUCGAGCUCCACCAGGCGACGAUCGUGGAGUACCUGUCGGUUGGGGACCUUCAACAGAAGCUCGCCGGCUCUCUGGCGGGAACGGGGGCCACGAGUCUUCUAGAGGACCUUCGGAACGUAUGAUCGUUCCUUCCUUUUCGGGUCUGGACACUGGCUCAGAUGAUCUGGGGACCUCAGCGAGGUCCUACUUACGACAGGUUGCGGCAUGGAGGAGAAUGACAAGGAUGUCCAAGGACCAGCAAGGCCUUACCCUCUACCAACACCUCACUGACCGUGCUUGGGUGGACUCAGAACGACUCGAUGUCAACCGACUGGGCAGCGAUGACGGGGUCGAUUACCUGAUCUCGUGGAUCCAAGAUCGGUACCUGGAUGUCCAGGUCACCCAAGUGGGGAGGAGCCUUUCGGAGUUCUUCAGGAAGCUCCGUCGCAAGCAGAACCAGUCGGUGAGAGACUACAUGGCGGACUUCGACCGGGCUUUCUCCAGGCUUUCGGAAGCUGGGUGUCAGCUCCCAGAUGUGGCGGCGGCUUGGGUCUUCGUGGAUAGGAUGGGGCUGGAAGAGCAGGCGGAGCUCAACCUUCUCGCCUCCGUCGGCAACAAGUACUCCCUCAAGGACUUGCAGCAGGCGGCGAUCGUCCACGACAGGGGUAUGCGGAAACCGUGGGAAAGCGGAGGCAAGAAUCCUAAGAAGGAAAGGCCCGUCAAGAAGCCCUAUGGUGCGAACGUCGCCGACUUUGAGGAAGGCUCCUACGCUGGCGACUUCGCUGGAGAUGAUGAUGACGGCGGAGAGAGUCCGAUCCCCGAGGAGGUGGCAAAUGACCUUUACCAGGCUUUCCUCACCCAUGAGACGGCCAAACAGCGCUACAGGGAGACGGCAAAGCUCCGGGGCAGUGAUGCAGAAAGCCUGAAACGCCUUGCUGCCGAGAAGCUGCAGGCAGCAAAGGCCCGCAGUUUUUGCUCAGGAUGUAAACGCAGGGGGCACUGGCAUCUCGACAGUGUGUGCCCUUUGAAUCGCUCUUCGGGCGGUGGAAAUCCGUCUUCUACCUCGGCUACGACUGGCGGAACUGGAGGCCAAGGAGGUAAGGAAGGUGCCAAGACCAACUUUCCCUGCCAUGUGGUCCACGUCACUUGGGACAUCUCAGACAAGUCGGGCUACCAGCUCGUGGGCAUCACGGACACCGCCUGCGCCCGGUCCGUCGCUGGGGCUGGGUGGAUGGAUGCCUACCUCGCCGAGAUCCGUAAGAAUGGAGGAGAGCCCCAUUUCCUUCCGUGCAAGGAAGCCUUCAAGUUCGGUGCCUCAAAGGUCUUCGUGGCCAACUAUGGAGUGUUGGUGGGGUUCAGGCUGGGUUCCCACAAGUUGGCUCUCAAGGUCGCCGUGGUCAAUGGUGAGGUCCCCCUCUUGAUCUCCAGAGGGGCCAUGGCGAAGAUGGGGAUGGUCAUCGACGUCAGUGAGAACCGGGCCACCUUUCGCGCCCUUGAUGUUCGGGACAUGCAGCUGACCAACACAGAUACGGGUCACCCUGCUUUCCCCAUCUUUCCCAUCUCUGUUCCGCCCCACCGAGCCAGCAGUGCUGAGUGGGAGGAUAACGAGCUCCAGAUCCUUUCGCACGGGGAGCAAUAUAUUGACCACAUGUCCGAUGAGAGUGGGGGAAGGGGACUUCUUUGUGGCGGGGGUCAGGAUUUCACUGAGGUUGCAAAGUGUUUCGGGACUUUCAGUACUAGCUGGAUGGUGGAUUCCGAUGAGGCCUCCAGGCUCCACGACGACACUGCUUCCCUAUCUCUGAGUACUUCUUGCGAUAAGACCUUCACCGCCUUGUUCUACCCCAAAAAGAUCAACGCUGUCACUAAGGGAAUGCUCCUCGAUGAGAAUUUUUCCCCCGAAACCUUUGCAGCAUGGUGGUCUAACAGCAACAUCACGAACGAUUUCUGGCUUGAGGAUGCCGAUUACCUGGUCCGACCUUGGGAUCGGUACGUUCGACCUUCGGAGUGGCUUGCAAGAACCAUCGAGCUUUCCCCGCAGUGCAUGGAACAUGGGACACUCCCCAAGAUGACAGUGCUUUCCCAAUGUUAUGGAUCGGCCGGAGCGUUUUCUCUCGCAGAAAGCACAUGUCUUCAUUCUCGCGUACUUUGCCUUCGACCCCCCAUGGCGUCUCGCAAGGACCUCCUCACCUCGCCCAUGGUGAAUCGCCCGAAGACCAUCACCGAGUUCACGAAAGCAGAAUUGCUGGCGGAGGCCCGUGCCCGGAAUCUCCUGGUCCACGAGAAGUGGAGCGUGGUGGAGCUUCGUUCUGCGAUCCAAGAGGACAGGAACAAGGGAACCUCGACGGACCUCGCCGGGCUGCAGAACCUGAACCUGGAGCAACUGAAGGAGCGGGCGAUGGAAGCUGGGCUCCUCAUUCCAGCCUAUCCGACGAAAGGGGCUUUGCUGCGCCUUCUCCGGGGCCAGGGUGGGGAGGGGCCCCAGAGUCUCAUGCCCUUCGGGAGAUACAAGGGGCUCAUGUACAAGGAAACCCCUCCGAGUUACCGGAAUUGGGCGCUGAAGGAGGUGGAGAUGAACGACAGCCCAUCCGAGGAGCUGGUGGCCUACGCCAACUGGUGGAAAAGCGAGAUGCACCGGUGGAAUCCCACUGCGACCCCGGGAUACCACGAUCCAGAGGCGAAUGCAGUGACCCCGUACGUGGAGGACUCGACCGCCGGGAGCUCGUGGGCCUUCGUGACGACCUACGCCAACGACCUCACCACGAUGACGACAUCGAAGGCGGCUCCCCCAUCUCCUUCCACAAGAACGCCGCCGAGACGACGAGGACCGGGAUCAGUGGCGAGUUCGGUUGCCAGCCGGAUGGACCAGGACGUGCCCGAGGAGAUAUCCGACGAGCUGCAACACCUGGAGGAUGGGGCGAAGGAGUGCUACCUGAAUGACGACGAGGGCGAGUUCCACGAGUGUGAAGAGGGUGAGGACAUUCAGUUCACAGGAAGUCAGAGCCCAGUUCCUCGGGAAGAGGACUUUGCUGAGGACCGCGACGACUUCCUCCAUGAGUAUGUGUACGUCGCUGAAGCUGGAGAUAUGAACCUUGGAGGCAGCAAAGAUGACAGCGUGCGUGAGACCCCCGAGGUGAUGGAGUCUUCCCCUGGUCCUAUUGAUGAGGAGAAGAGAGAAACCCUCCGAGCCCGGUGCAGUCGCUGUGAAGACCUCGCCAAAGAGAAGCUCCGAAACAAGCACUUUGAGUAUGACGACCUUCUCCAGCUUGCCGAGAAGAUCCCCCUGCGCUACACCAAGACCGACAAGGCCACCAACCGUGGAGGCAAGGAAGUCUACGGUAUCUUCCUCGGUGGCAUGUACACGUACGGGAGCUUCAUUGGGAUUUCUCGGGGAAGUCGGGCUUUGCCGUGGACCACCAAGUACAUCAACUCCUUCAUGAGAACAAGGCACCGGGGGGCAUGGUCGUCUUUCGUGCUCUUCCGGAACGCGGCUACCCAGGUCCAUGCCGACGUCCACAACUUGGCUAACACCUUGGUGACGACCGUGACCUUCGGACCCUUUUCCGGCGGCGAACUGUGGGUUGAAGGGAAGCCCGUGCAGGAAGAUGCUUCUUGUCCCGUGUUUCGAAGCGACCCUCACGGAAAGGAGAUUGAGGGGCACCUCGUGAACACUCGUAUGAACCCCUAUUCCUUUGACGGGAAGGUCCGACACGCAACCCAGCCUUGGGUAGGCGAGCGAUGGACUUUGUCAUGCUUCACCACAAGGGGAUUUGCAAAGAGCUCUGUCGGACUUCGAGAUGAACUCCGAGAUCUGCGUUUUCCUCUUCGUGGACUACCUCUACCUGGAGAUGCCUCUCAGGGUGACGCACACUCCUUUCCGCGCACAGACAGGCCCAGGAAGAGCACCAGGAAGUCGUUGUGGAAGAAUGUAACGAGGCUCGUUGCUCUGACCAGCUGGUGCUCGGCUGCUGCUUUCAAUUGGUCCACCGAGUUCUUCCCCUUGUCCAGAGGUCGCGAGGCUGUGAGCCUUUUCGAGAUUGGGGGGUUUUCUAAAACUGUGGAGGUCGGAGACAUGGGUUUCGACACUGCAGAGCCUCUACUCACUCGAGAAGAUGGAACGAUGAAUGGGAGUGAAGUGUCAGGAACGAUUGAAUACUUCAAGCCCGCUGUGGUGUGGGUGCAUGGCCCCGCUGUGUCCGCAUUCCUUCCGGAAAUCGGUGGAGCUCUCCAAGAGGCAAUAGAGCUUGGGAAGAACGUGGUGUUUGAGGCAGAACGUGGUGAUCCCUUUUGGGUGCAACAAGACUUCGUCUCCUUCUACUACAAGUUCGAGGGCAGGUACUCAACGAGAGAAGAUGAACCCCACGUCCUACGCUUCAACGACUACCAUCAUGUGCCCUGGGAGAACAUUGAUCUCCCUGUCAAGGAGUUCCAGUCCUACAUGGUCGAAGGACAGAAGACAACCGUUGAGGAGAUCGACGAGGUCCCACGAGGAGCCGAAGCUAUCACCUUCGAGGGCGACCACAAGCUUGCCGCGGAAGUUCGUUCUUCUCUGAAGAGACUCCAUCAGAACAUGGGCCAUCCUUCCAACUCCGAUCUCGCUCGCCAUCUCCGCUUAGCUGGGGCCGACCCGGUCGUUGUGGAGGCCUGCAAGAAGAUCAAAUGCCAAGUUUUCGUUGCUGUGGAUGCCUUCACCGUGUACGAUUGCCACGGGGAUAAGCUUGAGCUGCUGAUGGCAAUUGAUAUCGGUACUGGCUAUGCGAUCGCUGGAGAACUACAAGGGCACUCUGGAGAGGCGAUGGAAGGGACUUUUUGUCAGAUGUGGAGCAACACUUUUGGAGCUCCUGGAUCCAUGGUUUUGGACCUCGAAUCCGGGCUCCAGAAGGGCUUGGCAAGGUUCAGCGAGUGGCAUGGGACCUUCAUCCGACCUAUUGCAGGACAAGCUCACUGGCAGCAGGGGUCCGUGGAGAGAUGCAUUAGAACCUGGAAGGAGGUCUGGUCGCGACUUGUCGACGAGCGCUCUGGCACCAUCGAUGAGUCGGGCAUGCUCCUCACCGCUGUGAACUCCGCCAUGAACACUUUGAGACGGGAUUCUGGUUAUAGCCCUUCCCAGGCUGUUUGGGGUCGAGAUCCGAAUCUCCCCGAAGACCUCAAGGAUGGCCCGCACGACGAACACGUGGAGCACAUCCUUAGCCGAGACAGACAACGAGCCCGUGAACACUCCCUCCGGGUGUCCGCCAAAGAGGUCUACUUCCGCUGUCAAAAUGAUGCCAGACUACGUCGUGCUCUGCUGCAACGGUCUAGAGUGGCGGGGCCCGAGUUCCAGACUGGGAUGCACGUUUUCUUUUAUCGGAAGCCCAAGAACAACAAGAAUUGGGAAUGGCAUGGUCCAGGAGUGAUCAUUGGCAGAGAAGGUCCGAACUUCUGGGUAUCCUUUUCCGGGAGGUGCCAUCUCGUUGCACCAGAACAUCUCCGUAUGGCGAGCGGAGAAGAGCUGGGGGCGGCUUUCGCCCUCCGGGCAACACAGGAGGAUUUGCAACGCCUCUUGGAGCACGACUUCGCAGACGAGGAGAUGUAUGCCGGAGAUGAUGAGGGAGAUGAAGAACCAGUUCUACAUCCAGGAGAUGGACGAGAAGGUGCUUCUGUGUCUCUUGGCGAUGGUGAUCGGAGACGUGCAUCAGAAGAUCCCCCUCCUCAGGAAAAGGCCCUGGAGAAAGAGUUGCCCUGGAACAUGAUCCCGCCAGAACAACAUGAAGGAUUCCGAGCUGCAGAAAUGAAACAGUGGGAAGAACAUGUUGAGCAUGGUGCCUUGGAGCCUUUGACGGUGGAACAAAGCCGUGAAGUUUGGAGAACUCGAAGCGACAGGGUCCUCAACAGCAGGUUCGCUUACCGCGAUAAACUGUGGAGUCGUCGUCGUGAACAACCAGAUGUCGGUUGGAAGCACAAGGCGAGGUUAGUGAUAAGUGGGCACAAAGACCCCGACCUCCUGAAGGGCCUCCCUACUCAUGCUCCCACGAUAUCUCGGUUGGGAAUCCACCUCCUCCUACAGAUCCUUGCCUCGAACCUGGAGAAUGGGUGGAUUCGGAAGCCCAUCUUCGGCCUAGUCGACUCGCCGUCGGCUUGGUGGACCAAGUUCCAUGGCACGCUCAAGAACAUGGAGAUCCAGCGGAAAGGGAAGACUUGGAGGAUAGUGCAAUGCACAUUGGAUCAAUGCAUCUUCAUGGUCCAAGAGGUCCUUCCUGGAGAAACUCCUGGCGAAGAAGCUCUGUCCCCCCCAGUCGGAUACUUGGGGGUUCAUGUCGACGAUGUUCUCUUGAUUGGCCAGGACGAUGUCUGUUCGAUGAUAAAGGACGAGUUGAGCAAGAUCUUUCCUAUCAGGGAAUGGGAGUCCGGAAGCUUCGACUAUGUGGGGUCCUACAUCCAGAUCUUCGAGAAGUAUGUGAAGGUGGGUCAGUCCAGCUACGUCGGGACGAGGCUGUUCGAAGUCGAGAUCGAGAAGGGGGUAGCCGAGCACGAGGAGGCCUCCGAAGUCCAGAAGCACGACAAUAUGUCUCUCAUCGGGGCUUUGUCGUGGCUUGCAAGUCAAAGUCGUCCCGACCUUCAGGUUGGAGUGUCGAUGAGUCAGCAACGACAGAAAGAGCCGACCAUAGCCGAUGUCAAGUUCACCAACCAGUUGGCAAACCGUGCCCUGCAGUUCAAAGAUGAAGGGCUGCUGUUCCACCCGAUCGACCUCAACCGGGCGGUGCUCUUGUGCUACCAUGACGCUGGGUGGGCCAACGUUCCGCAGAACCAGGAGGACCCGUACUAUCGCUUGACGGCAGAAGAAGACGACCACGGCUUGAUACAGUUUGGAGCAAUGAGUCGACGAGAUGCCAAGGCCAAGCGCGCCAACUCCACUAUCGCUUCUCAGCUUGGAAGUGUGUACAUCUUCGCAGACUCCGGCGUCCUGAGCGGAGUUCCUAGCAAAGGGAGCAUCGUUGACUGGCGGAGUGGCGCUUGUGACAGAGUAUGCCGCUCGACCUUUGCAGCAGAAACAAUGGCAUGCUGCACGGCAACCGAAACAGGCGACUACAUCACGAAGUUCAUGGAGACCCUCCUGACCGGAAAGCUGGCCAGGAAGAAGUCACGUUUCGAGCUACGUUUUCUGAGCGACUGCAGGAGCUUGUACGAUCACCUUGUCAAAGAUGGGGUGCCUAGAGCACACGAGUAUGUGGAUCGAGCGUUGCGAGAAAAGUCUCGGCGCCAGCUUCUGGAGGCCC